CUUGAGGGCAUAGGUGUGAUCAGUUAUGGAAAUAUUGCAGCCCGGACAUAGGCUGAUUGUCUUGGGGACUAUCUAUAUGUCGGUCCUAAUGCGCGGCGAUGCUGGUCGAUGCUUUCCUGUUGUCACCCCCGAAUGCCAAGAUAAAACACACAACCAAGAGAAUGGUGUACCUUCUGGUGUACCAGAGAUAAACCAUGGUGGACUCUUACCAGACGCACAAUAUAUACCCCGGCCAGGGGAAAACCAGGGGGGAGACUUACCAGACAGACAAUUUAUACCGCCACCAGUUGGAGACUAUGGUGUACCCCCAGCGGAUGGAAACUAUGGUAUACCCCCAGCGGAUGGAAACUAUGGUAUACCCCAACAGGAUGGAAACUAUGGUACACCCCCACAAAAUGGAAAAGAUCCAAAGUGCUUUUAUGUGCGUAUUCGGGAGGACUUUCAACAUCCACCAGACUAUCCAGAAUAUGUCGACAUACCCGACGGUCAUUCGGUAUAUGAGAGAGCAGGUCAUAGGGAACGCGAUCGGAUGCAAGUGCCAGAUCCCUAUUGGGUUCGGCCACCAAAACACAAAAUACGGAAAAAGGAAAUUUAGAAAAGGAAAGAUAAGCCACAGAAGUAGCAGCACGAAGUCACGUAGAAAAUCAAAAUCAAGGAAGCAUCCAAAAAGAUAAGUGGAUCGCUCAUCAAAAUAAUAAAAGAAACACGGAUAAACAUAAACAGAACGGUCUAGAAAGCCCCAGGGGGACUCUGAAAUAUAUAUUUUGCCUUGCAAUAAUUUAUUUUUAGCCUGAUUGAAUUUUCAACAUAAAAACGAUCGCUGGCGUUUUAGUUUUUGUAUACGAUGUGCGAAAAAUCAAUCAUAAUGAAAGUAAAUGUAUAUAUUUUAACAACUAUCAGUUCUUAAAUCAUUUUUAAAAGACUCUCGACAUCAUCCAAUAUAUAUAGGAAUAUUC